AGAAGGAUUGCUAGACGGGAGGAGGGGCGUCGCUAUGGUGACCGGGGAGGGGCGGGAUCAGAUCUGAAUCGCUGUUGUGAGUCUUCCGGGAACUGCCCGGGAAGGGCAAAGCAGGGCAGGGCUGGGGUGAUGACCAUGCUAGCUGCCGGGUGGUAUUUCGCGACGUCCCGGCGUCGAGGGACUUGGUGUCUACGGCAAAGAUCGUCUGACAGAAGGGGCGGAAUUAAAUCCCUUCACUUGAAACUUUGACAUUCCAGGCCCUUGUCCUGCAGGCUCCCGCGGGCGGACACGCCAGAAGAGGAGGCCGGGGAAUGGCCGCGGUGUGGCAGCAGGUCUUAGCAGUAGACGCGAGGUACAACGCGUACCGCACACCAACGUUUCCACAGUUUCGGACACAGUACAUCCGACGGCGCAGCCAGCUGCUGCGGGAGAAUGCCAAGGCUGGGCACCCCCCAGCGCUGCGUCGGCAGUACCUGAGGCUGCGUGGGCAGCUGCUGGGCCAGCGAUACGGGCCCCUCUCCGAGCCAGGCAGUGCCCGUGCCUACAGCAACAGCAUCGUUCGCAGCAGCCGAACUACCCUAGACCGCAUGGAGGAUUUUGAGGAUGAUCCUCGGGCCCUAGGGGCCCGUGGGCACCGCCGUUCCGUCAGCCGAGGCUCCUACCAGCUGCAGGCACAGAUGAACCGUGCCGUCUAUGAGGACAGGCCCCCUGGCAGUGUGGUACCCACAUCAGCAGCAGAAGCAAGUCGUGCCAUGGCUGGGGACACAUCGCUGAGUGAGAACUACGCCUUUGCGGGCAUGUACCAUGUUUUCGACCAACACGUGGAUGAGGCAGUCCCAAGGGUGCGCUUUGCCAAUGACGACCGGCACCGCCUGGCCUGCUGCUCCCUGGAUGGCAGCAUCUCCCUGUGCCAGCUGGUGCCCGCCCCGCCCACAGUGCUCCGAGUGCUGCGGGGCCACACCCGCGGUGUCUCCGACUUCGCCUGGUCCCUCUCCAACGACAUCCUCGUGUCCACCUCGCUCGACGCUACCAUGCGCAUCUGGGCCUCUGAGGACGGCCGCUGCAUCCGGGAGAUUCCUGACCCCGACAGCGCCGAACUGCUCUGCUGCACCUUCCAGCCGGUCAACAACAACCUCACAGUGGUGGGGAAUGCCAAGCACAACGUGCACGUCAUGAACAUCUCCACGGGCAAGAAAGUGAAGGGGGGCUCCAGCAAGCUGACAGGCCGGGUCCUCGCUCUGUCCUUUGAUGCCCCUGGCCGGCUGCUCUGGGCAGGCGAUGACCGUGGCAGUGUUUUCUCCUUCCUCUUCGACAUGGCCACAGGGAAGCUGACCAAAGCCAAGCGUCUGGUGGUGCAUGAGGGGAGCCCCGUGACCAGCAUCUCCGCGCGCUCCUGGGUCAGCCGCGAGGCCCGGGACCCCUCGCUGCUCAUCAACGCUUGCCUCAACAAGCUGCUGCUCUACAGGGUGGUGGACAACGAGGGGACGCUGCAGCUGAAGAGAAGCUUCCCCAUUGAGCAGAGCUCGCACCCUGUGCGCAGCAUCUUCUGCCCCCUCAUGUCCUUCCGCCAGGGGGCCUGUGUGGUGACCGGCAGCGAGGACAUGUGUGUGCACUUCUUCGAUGUGGAGCGGGCCGCCAAGGCUGCCGUCAACAAGCUUCAGGGCCACAGCGCCCCCGUGCUGGACGUGAGCUUCAACUGUGAUGAGAGUCUGCUGGCUUCCAGUGACGCCAGUGGCAUGGUCAUCGUCUGGAGGCGGGAGCAGAAGUAGGUCCUGCCGGGUCGCCUGCCCACCCAUCUCCCACUCCAGCCUUGUGUUUGUAAAUAAAGUUCCUGUGGUUGUGCCUGUG